ACACCAAGAAGGACCAUGGUGGAAAUGCAAUACGGACAAGUUGCGCAUCGACUGGCGCAACAAGCUGCCCUUCAAAGACCGCCCCUAGCUGAGGUGGAUAGUUUUGAUUGGCAUGGGGCUUAUUGUCAUCGCCAUCUUGAUCAUAGGCAUUGUCAUGACUGCCAACUACUAUGCCGCUUACUACGCUUCUGGUGUCUGGCUGCUACAGAAGGGGGAGAGUGGCACUGCGAUGGAGGUGGCUGCCGACAUCCAGACUCCAGAUGUGGAUGGCAUGGAGUCAGCCGCGACGUUGCAGACCGUUGAAACCAGAGCUAGGGUGGAUAUCAGGGCAAGAAAAGCACAGUACGGAAUGGAGAACGACGGAUUGAACCCUCCGUUGGUCGCAUGUGGCAGUCUCACCUGCUCAAAGCAAGGCCAGCCAAACAUCUGCUGUCCACUGGGCAUGGCUUGCUAUCCGCACGGGUUAAGCAAUUCCAAGAUCGCAUGCUGCCGUAGCACAUUGCAAUGUGCUGACGACCUCUCCCCGGUAUGUAUGGAGGGAACGACGCAGUGCGACAGCGAACAAGGGGGGGGUUGUUGUGGAGUCGGUAUGCAGUGCUCACGCGAUGGGUGUCUGAAGGUAGCCAACUCGGCUACCACCACUGUAUACAAAAUCGGCGAGGUUCCAACUUCGGUCACUUGGAAGACUUCCAGCACACCGAGUUCCAGUGUACAGGCCACGGCGACUACGUCCAACUCUGCCACGAGCAGCACCUUAUCAUCAUCUACUACUGGCUCAGAGGACACUUCGUCUUCGUCCGGUCCAUCCCAGACGUCUCAAUUCGGCUCCAGCACGCAGGCCACCGCGUCUCCAUCCGCUACGUCGGGCACUUCUCAUUUUGAGGCGUCGUCACUAUGGACUACAACGUUAUCUGCUUUUACAAUGGUUUUCCUGGGCUGGACUUGAGUUGUCCCCUUUACCACACCAUUUGCCGCCACAGAAGUCAGCUCUCAAUCAUCACGCCAUAAUCCGCCAAUGGAAGCGAUACUGCCAAGGACUUCAUUUCCGACGCAAGAGAUCAGGCAGUCGGAAUGCACAGAACUGGCUCAUCGUUCUGGCAUCGAGGGGAAGAAAUGCAAGAUUGAUCCAACGGCCCCCUGCCUCUAGAACAUGGUUGUCAAGUGAUGUUGCAAAAGGGCCCCGACAGGGCCGACAAUCCA